GAGGGCGCCUGGCGGACUGGGCGGUACGGCCGCCCCCCUCCCCCACCGGCCCCAACGCAGGAGGAGGAGCCGACCCGCCCCGAGUCUGCAUCCGGCAGUUGUGCAGGCGCCGCUCCCUGCUAGUCGGGAAGCCACAGGAGGAGGAAUUUAAGGAAGAAUACCGGCCGCUGCCCUUCUCAGCGCUCGAAGCCGUACCAUGCUUGCCCUCCGAAGGAGCCUGACUAAGGCUCUGGCCGCUCGGACGCAGGCGCCUCAGGUGUGUUCAUCUUUUGCUACAGGCCCCAGACAAUACGAUGGAACAUUCUAUGAAUUUCAUACCUAUUAUGUUAAGCCCUCAAAGAUGAAUGAGUUCCUGGAAAAUGUUAAGAAAAACAUUCAUCUUCGGACAGCUCACUCUGAAUUGGUUGGAUUCUGGACUGUAGAAUUUGGAGGCAGAAUGAAUAAAGUGUUUCAUAUUUGGAAGUAUGACAAUUUUGCUCAUCGAACUGAAGUUCAGAAGGCCUUGGCCAAAGAUAAGGAAUGGCAAGAACAAUUUCUCAUUCCAAAUUUGGCUCUUACUGAUAAACAAGAGAGUGAAAUUACUUACCUGGUGCCAUGGUGCAAAUUAGAAAAACCUCCAAAAGACGGAGUCUAUGAACUGGCUACUUUUCAGAUGAAACCUGGUGGGCCAGCUCUGUGGGGUGACCCAUUUAAAAGGGCAGUUCAUAGUCAUGUCAAUCAAGGCUACACAAAAUUAGUUGGAGUGUUCCAUGCAGAAUAUGGAAUACUCAACAGAGUUCAUGUUCUUUGGUGGAACGAGAGUGCGGAUAGCCGAGCAGCUGGGAGACACCAGUCUCAUGAGGAUCCCAGAGUUGUGGCAGCUGUUCGGGAAAGUGUUAACUUCCUUGGGUCUCAGCAGAAUAUGCUUCUGAUUCCUAUGUCAUUUUCACCAUUGAAAUAGUUUUCCACUGAUACAUGAAGCAUUUCAUUAAUUGCCAUAAGAUGUGUCUACUAAUGGUGCUUAAAUUCUCCCAAGAGAUUCUCACUUUUAUUUGAUGGAGGUGGUAAGUUAAUUUGCUAUGUCCCUUGCAUAUUUAAAAGCUACCUCUGUCCACUAUCACCACCACUUCAAGAAACAGUCUGUUCCUUUUUGCCUAGGCAUUUCAGCAUCUGUCAUACAUUAAAAAUAGUUGCUAUUACUAUAGGAUCUUGACUUUUCAUUUGUUUCAAAAUAUCUCUUUUUCUCUAUUUUGACAACCCUCUGCUUUAAUAGCAUUUUCUUACAUUCAAAUGAUUCUUUCAUUUCCAUACCUGUGAUAAUAUCUUUACAUUAUUUGUAUACAUUAUUGACCUUUUCAUCAUGUCUGUUUUUCUAAGAUUUUAAAAGUUUUUGUCCAUUAAAGUUUAUUUUAUACUACCAGAUAGGAUUCAUAAAAAUAUUAAACAUAUUUCUUUACAAUGGAAGAGUACAGUGUUACCUGUGUCAUCUGUAUUAAUUAUGGUUUUCACAUUAAUAAUUACUUACCUGGAAAAUAAUGUUAUUAGGUCCUGGUAUUAAAAGUUAUUGAUGACUCAUUGGUUUAUAUGCUGCAGUAUCUUCAUUUACAGUUAACUUUACUAAUAUUUACUUCAUUUUAAAUCACUGUUUAACAAAAGUACUUGGUCAUCUGUUUGUUUUAAUGAGAUAUUUAUGGUUAUGGAAAUGUUCGCCCUAAUAAAAGCCUACAUAUACAA